AUGUUGCUCAUACCACUCUCAAUCGCCAUGAUUCCAAUUAUUCUCUGUGCACUGAUCAUGUGUACCUGCUGUUGUGGACCAAAAGAUUCACGAGGAAAACUGCCCGACGACUUUCUUUCUUCUUUUCCAAUGUCGAAGAAACGAAGUCAGAUGAAUUCAGAAGACAUGGAGUUAGAGUUUCGUGACGGCUACGUGCAACGAAAAGACUCGGCACGAACUAAAUUCUCCACGGUUGUUUCCUAUAUAGAAGCUCGACGAGAAAGCCAAUUUUCGGUACGAACAGAUGGAGGUGCAUCGACGAGCAGUGAUACAAAGGAAGAAAAAGAGCAACCGAAAAAAUCGGCGGAUGGCGAGGAACCAGCAGUCAUUAGUGUUGGUGGUGAGCCACUACGAAAAACACCAUCCCUUGACUCUGUUAAAAGGACCAGAUUCAGCGAUACCGUUUCUGUGAUCAGUGCCGAGUCAUUAGGUAGGCGGUAG